UGGAGUGGUAUUUGGUGUUAGAAUAUUUCAAAGUCAACAAGUCAAUUCCUAUGCUGCCAAGCAAGAAAAAACAUACUACUGGAUUAGUAUUGUUUGUAUUGGAGUGUCAUUUGGUGUUAGACUUUUGAAUGCAUAUAUAAUAAUCUCUUCUUUCAUAAUUGCUACUAUGAUAAUUUUUCUUCUUUGGAAUUUCCAUUAUAUAAUUUAAACUUAUCUUCCUUUCUUUGUGCUUCAUGUUCUAAUCACUUUUCACUACUAACACCUAUUUCCUUCAACAAUGUCUACACCAGCAGAAUACUACCAUUCUCUACCUCCUGUGAGCAAAACUUUUGGGGUGGCAUGUUUGAUGACCACAGCUGCAUAUUAUCUGAAUUUUUAUGAUGCAAAGAACAUAGCACUGUUGUAUGGCUUAGUGUUUAAACGAUUUCAGGUUUGGAGGCUUAUCACAAAUUUCUUCUUUCUUGGACCGUUUUCAUUUCCAUUUGCAUUUCGUCUCAUAAUGAUAGCAAGAUAUGGUGUUGCAUUGGAAAGAGGGCCAUUUGACAAGAGAACUGCAGAUUAUGUCUGGAUGCUGAUAUUUGGUGCACUUUCACUUCUGGUGAUGGCUACUGUACCAUAUUUAUGGUCUCCAUUCAUGGGAGUAUCUUUAGUUUUCAUGAUUGUCUAUGUUUGGAGCCGUGAAUUUCCAAAUGCAAGAAUCAACAUUUAUGGCUUGGUAACAUUGAAGGGUUUUUACCUCCCAUGGGCAAUGCUAGCUUUGGAUUUGAUAUUUGGAAAUCCCUUAAAGCCAGACAUUCUAGGGAUGGUUGCAGGACACUUAUAUUACUUCUUAACAGUGCUUCAUCCUCUUGCUGGUGGAAAGUUCAAGUUCAAUACUCCUCUCUUGGUUCACAAAGUAGUGGCAUAUUGGGGAGAGGGUAACCAAAUGAAUUCUCCAGUGCAAUCUAAUCCAUCAGCUGGAAUUGUAUUCAGAGGAAGAAGCAAUCGUCUUGGUGGAGCUCAAUCAACAACGGUAAGACGAACUCCACAAGAAACAAGUGAGGGUGCUAAUUCUUCCCCUCAGCAGCAAAAUCAGGGUGGUGGAAUUGCUUUUCAAGGAAGAAGUUAUCGUUUAAAUGGAUGAGAUUAUAUGUUAAUUUGUCUUAAUCAAUGUUUUAAAAACUAAAUUGAAUCCGACGGUUUAACAAGUUGAACUGAGAAAAGUACGGUUUACAAUUUGGUUAUUUGGACGGUUCAAUUAUGUUUCAUCUUGUUUCGAACAGUUUAAAGCAGUUGAAUUAUAACACCAAAGUUUCAUCGGCUCAAAUGUCCGAUUAAGUUUUCGAA